AUGGCAACGGUGUCGGAAAGCCCCAUCUCGCGCAACGCGCCAACAUGGAACUCCCAAAACCUGGGUCUGCGACUCGGUGUCGACGCUGGCAGCGCUGCGGCAGCAGGGGCGCUGACCUGUCCGCUGAUUACCAUCAUUGAUCGUGCAAUCAUUGAGAAAGCCUCGAAGGGAUUCCCGAUCCGCCAGACCAUCAGCAGCUGUUUCCGGUCCAUGGUCACCCGACCCAGCGGAUUCUUCCUCAGCACGCCGUUCCUGCUCAUCUACACGCUGUACAGCUCGACAUAUCUGACGGCCAAUGUCAUCGACACGGUCACCUCGACACUGCGCAAUCAAUCGUACUCCACGGUCACGCCGGGCCCGGCCAAAUUCAUCACGACGACCACAGUGAACAUGGCAAUCUGUGUAUACAAGGACGCGCGGUUCGCUCGAAUCUUUGGGGCUUCACCACCACCUUCUUGUGCUGCUCCUCCGUCAUUAUCAUCGCCCUCUACUUCAUCUACACACCCACCGCGUUCUGCCCUCCGAGCUCCACACCCAUCCUCCGCACCUGCAGUCGCAAACCAGAUCCCCAAGAUCUCCUACGGCCUCUUCUGUCUCCGCGAUAGCAUCACCAUCUUCGCCUCAUUCAACAUCCCCGCCCUAAUCGCGCCCUCCAUACCAGACUUUGUGGCCUCAACCCCGGGCAUGAAGGCUGCCACCGCACAAUUCGCCUGUCCGGCUCUGAUGCAGUUCGCCAGCACCCCGAUGCACCUGCUAGGUCUGGAUUUGUACAAUCGCCAACCGCCAGGUGGUCUACCCUGGACGGAGCGCGCGGCGCGCAUUCGCCGCGACUAUGUCCCCAGCUGUUUUGCACGCAUGGGCAAGAUUGUUCCUGCGUAUGGGAUUGGCGGCGUUGCAAAUGUGCGGCUGAGGGCUUCGCUGAUGCAGCGCCUUGAGAAACAGGCGGAAUAA